UUUUUAAAUUUCCCCCCAAUGUCACGACCCGGUUCGGAAUGUCUCGCGGACCGGUACCGGGUCGCGACCCGGUGGUUGGGGACCGCUGUAUUAGAUGGUGAUGCAGGAGGCACUCCUCCAUCAACGAGUCAUCCUCGUGCGAACCAGGACGACGCAGCCACCCUACUUACACAGGAGAUUCUGCCAGCACUACAAGUGGAGCAUCGGGUAACUCGCAAAAACUAAAAAAAAGUUUUUAAAAAAGAGCCCGGGCCUUCAGUUUCUCCUCUCGGGAGUCCUGUGUCAGAGCUACCUAGGCCAAAAAAACCCUACACCCGUCAUCAAGUUGUGGAACAAAGGAGCUGUGGGGCCCAAACCCUGGAGCCGGAAGUGCAGCCUGACAGCAGAGACACAACGAGGGAAGCACGGAGCUGUGGGACCCAAACCUUGGAGCCGGAAGUGCAGGCUGACAGCAGAGACACAGCAAGGGAAGGAGUCGACUCACACCCACUGACUGCGGACGAUCGUGAGAGACUGCAAAUGUUUCAUUUUCAUUUCAUUAGGAAAAAGUCCUAAAAGUGUGGUGUGACAUUUAAAAUAAACUAAAAAAUGGAUGAAGAAAACUUUUUUUGAGUCUUUUGGUCUGUCUGAUUUCGAGUUUAUGGUUGAGCAAUUGAAUCAAAUAGCCGUUGCUAAUGUAGGUGAACCGUCAUCAUUGACUGCUAAUAACUAUUUCCAACCAUUAGAUGACGCUCUGCUGCGUCUAAAUCAAAAUCGAUGUUCCUCCGAUGUUGAAAAUUAUUUCCAUCCUUUAGAACUGGCACUCCAUUAGAUUGACCAGACCCCAUCCUCCUCCUCCUCAUCCCCUUCCCCUCCCCCUCCUCCUGCUCACAGCCAAAUGAAAACCAAGUUCCCCCUCCUUCUCCUCCUCCUACCCCACCUGCUCCUUCAUUUCAAUCGGCUUCAUUUCAAACUCCUAAUUUAGAGGAAGUCCAUGUCCAGCAUGGUGGAGGAAACAUGAGGGGUCAGGCUGAUUCACCCCCCAGGCCGUCCACCUCCUCCAACAUGGCAACUGGCUCAACAAUCUGGAGCUGAGACGAGUGUUCACCGUUCCCCCUGCCAGAAACAUACCGGAUCUUGCACAGUUUUAUGACGAUGUGAUGUUGAUUCUUAGAGAAAUGGCUGGCACUGUCAGAGCACAGGUUGGGCGUAAUGAUGUAAUACAGCUAGAGCUGAUUGGUGAGAAUGUUCAGAAUCAUGUCUCUGUGGUUGUUGAGGAUGAACAUGGUGAUGCUAUCUUACCUGCUUUUGAGGGCUUGCUGGAACGGUUGGUUCAAUCUAACGCAGAGAUAGCAUCAUAUGCUAGGUUAGAAUUAGUGGUUCAGGUUGUGCAUGAUCCCAGAGGCGGUGUUAAACGCAAACUGGACAAAACUUUAGACUGUGAAAUAAUACGAAUUAAAAGACAACAUCUGUACAUUAGGGACAACAGGCAUGAUCACCUCUGCUUUGCCAUCAACUUGGCCCAUGUAAAUGAUCCUCUAGUCACAGAUAAUCAGGCCUUAGAACAAGGGAGAGAGUUUCAGAGACUUGCUGGUCUGAGCUAUCAGACCCCCGUCACCUUUACUGACGUGUGCAAAUUUGAAAAAAUUCUGAACUGCAAAAUUGUUAUUUUUUACAGAAGUCCAGAUCAGCAGCCGCUCUCUCAAUUUGAGACAGCUUUCUCCGAUAGAUCAAAUCCUCUGUUUCUCUUUUUGUUCCAGAACCAUUAUUACGGUAUAAAAAAUCUGAAAGCCUUUCUCGGGGUUCCGUACGUCUGUCAUUACUGCUACAAAAGCUACAUGAAGCCCUACGCCCACCAAUGCAAAGGUCACUGCUCUGUGUGUAACAACCCUGAUUGCACUAAGCAGGAGCUCAAACCCGUAGCAUGCAGCAACUGCAACAGGACGUGUCGUAUGGCUCUAUGUUUUGACAGGCUCAAGGAGCCUAGAGAAAGACCUUUGGGUGAAACACAUAGCAGUAUAUGCGAUACAAUCAAAAGAUGUCAACAGAACGUGCACAAACCUUUUCUUGUCUGCACCAAAACACUGAGUGGCAUGCGGUGGAUGUCUUAUGGUUUGAACUGUGUCAGGGACUUUCUCUUGCAUUUCAGGAGGCCCGCGUACCUGAACAGUGUGUUUGUAGCUCACAAUGCUAAAUGUUUUGACAGCUAUUUGAUCCUCAACACCAUGAUAGAGAUGGGAAUGCAACCUUCUCUCAUCAUGCAGGGCAGUAAAAUUCUCUGUUACCAAGACCCUGAUUUUAAUUUAAAAUUCAUCGACUCUCUGUCUUUCCUCACCAUGUGUCUCAGUGCCAUGCCCAAGGCGUUGGGUUUCUCUGAUCUCAAGGGUAAUUUCUCUCAUGGUUUCAGUUCAGAGAAGAAUUUGCAGUAUAUCGGAGCUUAUCCUCCACCGCAUUAUUUUGGCGUGAAACAUAUGACUCCCGCUCAGCAGCAAGAGUUUUACGGCUGGUACAGAGAGGUGAGUCAGGGUACGUUUGACUUUGAGAAGGAAGCUCGGCUGUACUGUGAAAAUGAUGUUGACAUUCUUGCCAAGGGCUGCGUCCUGUUCAGAAAUCAGUUCCUCACUGACACGGGCGUGCAUCAAGGUGCGUGCAUCAAGGUGUUUCUCACAAAAUUCCUCCCAUCCAAAACCCUGGCCAUACCUUCGCCAGAUAACUACAGGUGCCAGACCAAAAGCUACUCCCACGCCUCCAUUCAGUGGUUGGAGUGGGUAGCACGCAGCAAUAAUGUUUUUAUCCAGCAUGCAUUAAACAAAGGGGAGAAACAGGUAGGACCGUACUUUGUUGACGGUUUUGCCAAAAUAGAUGGUGUUGCUUAUGCUUGGGAGUUUCUGGGGUGCUUUUACCACGGUUGCCCAUCUUGUUUUAACCCCCACGACACUUGCCCUCUGAGGUGA